CCAUCCGGCUCUAUAAAGGUAGCCACGAGUUGGCAUUGUUGGGAGAGUCCAUCUUGGAGGAAUUAAACGUUCGCAGUCUCUCGUGCGCUAAAGACCACACAUCCAAAAUGUCUGAUACUGAACAGCAAUACAUGGAGACCGCUGAGAACGGUCACGAAGCAGCUGAUGCUGAAGGCGCUGAGGCAAAAGAGGCACCCGAGGCCGAAGGCCAAAACGGCUCCGAAGGUGAUCAGAUCGAUGCCAGCAAAGGCGAUGAGGACGCAGGGUGCGUAGCUGAUAUUUCUUCCCCUUUAAAUGAAGGAAUGAAAAUGUUUGUUGGUGGCCUAAGUUGGGAUACAAGCAAAAAAGACUUGAAAGACUACUUUUCUAAAUUUGGUGAAGUAUCAGACUGCACAAUCAAAAUGGAUCAAAACACUGGGCGAUCAAGAGGAUUUGGAUUCAUUCUGUUUAAAGAUGCUGCCAGUGUUGACAAGGUAUUGGAGCAAAAAGAACACAGACUCGAUGGACGAUUAAUUGAUCCCAAGAAAGCAAUGGCAAUGAAAAAAGACCCAAUAAAGAAAAUAUUCGUUGGUGGACUCAACCCAGAAGCAGGAGAGGAUAAAAUACGGGAAUAUUUUGGAACAUAUGGAGAGAUAGAGGCAAUUGAAUUGCCAAUGGACCCUAAAACUAACAAGAGAAGAGGCUUUGUUUUCAUAACCUUUAAAGAAGAGGAGCCAGUGAAAAAAAUACUGGAAAAGAAAUACCACAAUGUUAGCGGUAGCAAGUGUGAAAUAAAAAUAGCACAACCUAAAGAAGUGUACCAGCAACAGUAUGGUGGUCGAGGUGGCUUUAGUGGUGGAAGAGGAGGCAGAGGUGGAAAAGCACAAGGCCAGAGUUGGAAUCCAGGAUAUAACAACUACUGGAACCAAGGAUAUGGCAGCCAGGGAUAUGGUGGUUAUGGACAGCAAGGUUAUGGUGGAGGCUAUGGAAACUAUGACUACACUGGAUAUGGAUAUUAUGGAUAUGGACCAGGCUAUGACUACAGUCAGGGCAGUGCAAGCUAUGGAAAAGCUCCCAGGCGCGGUGGCCAUCAGAAUAAUUACAAGCCAUAUUGAACAUUUUCUUAAUUCAGUGCACUGUUUCGAUGAGAUGUUUUCCCCAGAUGGAUAAUACCAGUGGAGCUCAGUGUCAUCCAGCCUCCGUUUACCUGACAAUUAGAAUGAAGAUUCAAUCCCUCCUAUGGGUGAUGCCGGUCUUAAGAAAACUCACAGACUUCUUGCCAGCUGCUGUAGAGCUCUCUUGGCUUCUAUGACUGGCAAGACAACCGGAGCGGGUAGAAAUAGAUCCAUUCUUUCUGGAUUUCUUGCUAUACCGGGAUUUUUUUCUGUUCUCCUUGUGAUGGCAGCGUUUAGCUAACGGCUUGCUUUCAGGUUUCUACGCGUUUCAGCUGUCAGCCUUUUUCAAGAUAUUCACAUUACUUACACAAAGAUAUAAAAUUACUGACGUAUAAGUUAAUUUUGUAUAAAACGCACUAUAAAUACUGACAAGAAGAGGAACAUACAUACAUGCUAAUAACUGUAUCCAAUAGGAAUCGUCAUAGUCUCAAUGGUACAUUACUUACUUUAUGAUUAAAUUGUUUUUAUUAGGUAAUGCAAAAUACAAUACAGGUACCAGUCAAACUCAAUACAUAUGUCAUUGUAAUGAAAAGCUUAACAUUAUCAUAUGGGAGAGUCCAAGUAGUUUCGAGGUAGCCAACUUAUUUAGCAAACUUAUUGUUCCAGCAGAUCCUACCAUCUUGGCCCGCCGUUAGGGGACAACUCGGUCCCUGGAACUCCCCAGUUCCUUAUAAUCCAACCUUAAUGCCCUCCUGGGAAUGGUUUUCAACAAUAGUGUAAGUAGAGGCAAUUUCUCUUCUGUAGUCUCCCAGGGGAAUAUAUACUUGUGAUUGAGCUGUUGACUGGUUAUGUGAGUAACUACCUGUUACUCGUCUUAAACUUAUUUUAUCUAACUAAUUAAGAAAACUACCAAACAAAUAGAAGGGAAAAGAGAAAAAAAAAGAAAAAUAGAACAGUCAUAAAUCAAGGGUUAACAUCAUGAUAGCAAAAACAGCUUAUCAGCACUUCAUCUCUCCUUCCCGCUCCCCACUGCUUCCAAUCUUUCAAAGGCACUAAAAAUAUGUGGAGCGGAAAUGUAUUUAUAUACCUAUUAAUACAGGCUACUUUCUAGUGUGGCUCCUCCGUCACCCCCCCCCCACCACCGUCUCUGGUCCUCCAUCUCCAACCGACACAUACCUCCCCCCGGCCCCCAGCAUCCAGUAAUACCAUGUUUUCUGGAAGGUGUCAGAUGUGCCCUGGGUGUAUGCAGCUAACUCAUACAUAGAAUACGUAUGUUCAAAUUUAGCCAUGAUCUCCCUCCACGCCGGUACCCCAGUUUUCCAGUAUUUGGCUAUAGUAACUCUGGUUAUAGUGCAUAAAAUCCUGAUGAAGGCAUUAAUGUGUUUGUUUAAGUUGGGUAACUGUUCGUGAAGGAGGGCCUGCGCCAAACUGAGAUGGAUACUCUCGUCUAGAAGAGCACUCAGCAAUUCAGAGAGGUUCCUCCAUAUAUGGUUAACCUGUGGGCAUUCCCACCACAUGUGUAGAUAGGUGCCUUCCUCCCUGCAUCCCCUGUAACAAAGUCUGGAUCCGCCUUUCACCAAAUGCGCUGUCCUAAGGGGAGUAAGGUACCAUCUAAAGGAGGUCUUAAUAAUGUUUUCUCUAAGGUCUGCACUCAAUAGGGAUCUACAGGAACCGUAAAACAGCUCCUCCCACUCCCCCUGUUCCUUUAUCACUCCUAGAUCUGUUUCCCAUUUUAAUACUAAAGGAGUCUUAGAGCUAGCUCUAUGCGCCUGCAGGUCAAGGUAGAUUAGUGAGAUUGCACGUUUGGGUCUGCUGGAGGCGGCACACAAUCUUUCUAAACUUGUAGUACUUCUAGUGGCCGUCUUGGAUAGAUAAUGACGUAUUGCUGAUGCUAUUUGUAAGUAUAAGAACCACUGGAGUGGUAUCGGGUCUAUUUUUUGGCUCAAUUGUGAGUAGGUUAUGGGGGCUCCAUUGCACACUAGGUCCGCCACUCUAUAGAGUCCCUUAUUCUCCCAUUUACCUACUAGUGGCCUAUGAUCAGGGUUUAACAGGUACUUUAAAGGGAUCUUCAUAGAGUUCUCCGGGAAGAUAUUGUCGGGUCCCACCGUUGAUUUCCAUUCCUGUCUAGACAAUCUAGUGAUUGAGGAAAGCUGUAGCAUUUCCCCUCUCUUUGCCCCCCUUUCCCAUAUAAUGUCCUCUGGAGAGUUAAGGUUCCCCAUCUCUGCCUCAAAGAUAGGCCACAAGAUGCUGUCAUCCCUCCUCCCGCAUAGAGAAAUCUGUGCAAGUCUGGCUGCCUUAUAGUAGUCCUGCAGGUUAGGUAGGCCAACCCCUCCCAGUUGUCUAUGUCUCGUGAGUAGUUGAGAGGAAAUCCUAGCCUGUUUCUUGUCUCUAAGGAAGUUGUGAAGGGCUUUUUGGAUAGAGUCUAGGUCAGGUUUAUUAACUUUUAUAGGUAAUACUCUAAAUAGAUACAGAAUCCUUGGUAGAAUGUUCAUUUUAAUGGAUGUCAGUCUCCCAUACCAUGAAAACUUAAGUGGUUGCCAUCUGUUAAGGUCUGACCUGAUUUUUUUAAACAUUGGAAGGUAAUUUAAUCUAUAAAGGUUAGAUGAGUGUGAUGUAAGAUUUAUUCCCAGGUACCUAAUACUUUGUUUGGACCAUCUGAGUUCAAAAUUAGUUUCGAUAUUUUUCAUUGUGUGUCUAGGGAGGUUAAGUGGAAGGGCUUCGCAUUUAUCCAAGUUAAUUUUAUAUCCCGAGAUAGAGGAAAACUCCUGGAUAACCUCAUAUAGCAAAGGAAGUGACAAGAGUGGUUUAGUAAUUGUCAACAAGAUGUCAUCCGCGAACAAAGUGAUUUUAUGGGUUAACCUCCCAAUCUGCAGACCCUCUAUUCCCGGGUUGUUCCUAAUGGAAGCGGCCAGGGGUUCUAUACACAACGCGAACAGCAGCGGCGAGAGGGGGCAGCCCUGCCUAGUGCCGUUUUGAAUUUGGAUAUCCACUGAUUGAUGUCCCACUGCCCUAACUCGCGCCGAUGGUCUAGAAUAAACAUUGCGAAUUGCUGUUAAAAAGGGCCCAUGUAUCCCUCUCUUUUCUAGCACUGUCCACAUGUACUUCCAGUCCACUCUGUCGAAUGCCUUCUCUGCGUCCAAAGAGAGGAGCAGAGAAGGCACUUCGUUUUCUGUCAAGUAGUCUAUCACCCCUGUCAUUCGUCGGACAUUAUCCGGGGCCUCCCUCCCCAUCACGAAGCCCACCUGGUCUGGGUGUACUAAUGUCGGGAGUAUUUGCUUAAGUCUAUUAGCUAGUACCUUCGUCACAAUUUUGAUGUCCUGGUUUAUUAAAGAGAUUGGUCUAUAGUUAUUACAAAAUUUCGGAUUUUUCCCUGGUUUUGGCAGUACGACAAUUUUAGCUUGUAGUAGCUCUGCUGGUAUCUCAUGGCCCUCCAUGAUAUGAUUAGCGAAUUUAAUAAUGUGUGGGAGUAGCUCUGCUUUAAACAGUUUGUAAUAUUCACCAGGGAACCCAUCUGGUCCCGGUGCCUUCCCUGACUUGAGGUCUCUAAGGACCCCUAAAAUUUCCUCCCGUGUGACUUUAGCAUUAAGCAUGUUAUGAUCUUCCUCUGAAAUAACCCCCAAGUUUACACCAUCUAGGAAGUCGGUUUGCUUUUGUUGUGUAUUAUUGUUGUAAUCUACCUUUCUACCGUCGUAGAGAUCCCUAUAAUAGUGUGCGAAUGUAUCCACUAUCUCUUGUGGGUGUGAGGUUAAAUGACCCGACGUGUCUUGCAAAAUUGGGAUUGAUGAUAUUUGGUGGGUAUCCCUAAUUUUUUUGGCUAAAAAUUUGUCUGGUUUGUUAGCAUAAAGAAAGUAGGCUGAUUUCAACCUAUGUGCUGCUUUAAUGGAGUGUUCAUUUAAAUAUUUUGCCAGAGACUGUUUUUUUAGUUGUAGUGAUUGGAGUGUAGUGGCCGAGUAAGUCUUUUUGUGGGAGCGUUCUAAUUCCUCUAUCUCGGAAUACAAUAGGGAAAUAUGGGUUUUAGUUUUCCUCGCUAGUAUGGCUUUUUCUUUGAUGAGAAGCCCCCGGAUCACUGAUUUAUGCGCUGCCCAAACAUUGAUAGGAUUAGAGGUUGAGUCUAAGUUAAUAUUCCAAUAUUCCUCCAAUGCUCUUAAUAUGUUCUUUUUAAUCUGGGGACUUUUAGUGCAUGAUGGGUCAAAAGUCCAAGACUUCGCCCUAUUUGGGUCUCUCAAGUCCCCCAACUGAACCUGGGUGACAGAGUGGUCCGACCAUACACACGUGUGUAUGUUUGCUGCUCUAAGAACCGGUUGUAGUAUUUGGCUUAUGAAAAUGUAAUCCAGCUUGGUGUAAGUCUUAUGAGCUGCUGAGUAAUAUGUUGUGUCUGUGGUUAAACCAUGCAACGUCCUCCACGAAUCAAUUAGAGAAUGGGGGCCCAGGGAGUCCAUAAUGGAUUUGGCCAUAUAUCUAAGUCUCCCACUUUUUUUGGAAAUCAUGGUAGGGCCAUGUACUAAUCUUUGAAUAUCCAGGUUAAAGUCACCUGCUAAUAUGAUCCGCAUUUUAGACCAUCCGGUCAACAAGUGUGAAAUGUCUCUGAAAAAGACAUUCUGUUUCUCAUUCGGAGCAUAGAUAUUGCACAGCACCACAUCCACUCCCUGUAUCUGGCCCUGUACCAGUAUGUACCUACCCUCCUUAUCCGCUAUCGUUUCCCCAUGUACAAAUAAAAGUGAGUGGUGAAUCAAGAUGGAAACCCCUCGUUUCUUUGUGUUUGAUGUGGCAUGAUAAUGUUGAGUGUAGUCUCUCGACCAAUAUUUGGGGACAGAGGAUUUAACAAAAUGGGUCUCUUGUAAAUACACUAUGUUGGCGUGUAAGUUCCUGUAUUGUGUGAGAGCUGUACGUCUCUUAAUGUCCGAGUGCAGGCCUCUUACAUUGUGUGAUACUAAAUUAAUAUUGGGAAGAGUCAUCUUGUGGUGUGUCGGGAUUGGUCUAUGUUAUUGUCAUAAAUAAAAACCGCACUUACCUGCAGUCUCAGGAAAGCCCCUGGAGGAGGAGCAACGGAAGAGCCACAAAAAACUACGUUAUCUGUGAUAGUGCAUGAUUUGAGAUGAGCAUAACCCCUUGUUUCAUACUUAAACUUAACAACUUUAAACAUCAGAAUAAACAUAAACUUAAACCAGAACGUAUAGAUGUUUCUGUACCUUAAUUUCAUCCCCUCCCAGAGAGAGAGUGUAAGGGAGUAAAGGAAUGGCUCAAGGAAUACUGGGAAGACAAGAGACAGAAAAGAGUAAAGAGGAAAAAGGAAAGAAGAGGAGAGGUGAAGUGUGCAGUCAGUAGGACUAAAUGACAGCCCUAUUGCAACAAAUGGCAUUAAGCAUAUUUUAACAAGUACAUAAUAGCUAUACAUUAUCCACAACUAACUUUCUCAGUAAUUUCGCCCUUUACCUAUUACCAAAGGGCAGGGAAACGGUAAGAACCUUAUAUAAAAAAAAAAGGAUAUAGGAAACCUCAGUUCGUGAGCAUGUCCAACUCCCCAAUGAGGAAUUGAAAAGACACUAGUCCUUCCAAAAGAUUCCCUCAGUGGGAAGCCCUGCUUUGUGAGGGUCAGCAUUUCAAGGAUAAGUCCAGUGUUCUCUGUGCAACUGAAAUUGUGAGCAUCAGGAUUUAGAUUUCUUGCCCCCCUUAGGGAUCUUUGUCCAUUUGCUCUUGAGAGGGGAGCCCCUAGGUUCCAUAGGGACUAAUGAACUGGUUGGAGGAUUAAUGUUGGAGACAUCAGGUAUAUCCAAGCCUAGUUGUUUGCACCCUGAGGGCACUUCCUCAAGCGAUUUGAUGCUGAUGGAUCUGCCUUCUUUCAUCACUAUCAAGGCGAAUGGGAAUCCCCAUCUAUAUGGUAUUUGAUUUUUCCUGAGGAGGGUUGUGAGUGGUCUUAGUGUAUUGCGGCGUUGAAGAGUGCGUAUACAAAGGUCCUGAUAGAACUGUAUCACGUUCCCCUGGAAUUUAAAAGUAGGAUUUUGGCGUGCUGCCUGUAGAAUUCUUUCUUUCUCAGGGAAACGUAAAAAUUUGAUAAUAAUAUCUCUGGGCGGUAAGUCAUCUUUAGGUUUAGCUCUAAGGGCUCUGUGAGCUCUCUCUAUCUGAAAGGAGUCAUCUGUGUUGUCUCCUGUGAUUGCACGGAACAGUUGUAGGAGGUAAGAGUUUAAGUCCUUAUUCAGGAUUGAUUCCGGGAUUCCCUUAAGACGUAGAUUGCAUCUCCUCGACCUGUUCUCCAGGUCCUCCAUUUUUUCCUGAAGUUCCUGAAUUUCUUGCUGUUGGGAGUUAUAAGAUUUUGAGAGAGUGGAAAUAUCCUCAGAUAAUUCUUCUUGAUUAGUUUCAAGGGUGUCCACCCUGUUGCCAAUUUCAGUGAUGUCAUCUUUUAUUUCUUUUAAACUUGCAGUUACUGAAGAAUGGAGUUUAUCUAUUUUGCUCCACAAUUUUUCAAAAUUUGUGUCAAUGUCUUUCUUGGAGACCAAUGUUUGCAAGUCUGCUUUUGUGACAGGGAUUUGCUCUGCAGGAGUUGAAUCAGAAGACCCUUCAAAUCCCUCCUCCUCUGUCUCCGAUUCCAUGACUUCAGGAAUCUUGUUUGCCCUUGAUGUUUUAAAAAAAGUGUCCACAGGUGUUGUCUUAGGGGGUCUAUCUAUUUUAUUUGGUUUUCUGGCCGACAUGGUAUAUCCGUGUUUUUAUUUGCUCUCUUUUUUUUAUUCUGUGUGUUCCACCAGGUGUAAUAGGAAAGGAGGGAAGGGGGGGAGUGAUUCUAAAUACUGGUAAAUAACAGGAAUAUUGCAGUGUCUAAUUAUCUUCCUUGCGGUUAAGAGAAGAGAAAAGAAAAAUAUUUGUUGCUCAGGAUAGUAGCACAAUUCUCCACCCCCACUUCCUAUUGCUUUUGUGAAUUAAAACCUGGUUGGGUUUUUAAUCUUGCGGCCUGUGUUGAGACUCCUCCAAAAUGACCCCUCUCUGUUUUACACUGACAGUAAUAUGUUAAGUGAUUCCCUUACUUCACAUUGUAUGCCAGUUAUAUGAGCUUACCGCGCCAAAUUGACCUUUGCUACGCACCUUUAUUUUAGCUGCGUCUCUGGUUAAACUUUAGCCGCCAUUGCAUAACCCCUGCAUGGUUCUGAUAGUCCCUUUUACUUACAGAUACCUGUCAGCAUGUUUUCGCCCGGCCUGUUCAGUAAGUCUAAUGAGGCAAGUAGCGCCUCUGAUUUCCGACAGCUCAGUGAGAUGAUGCGGAGUUCUUCCCCCACGUGUCAAUGGCGGAUCAAAAAGUCCCGUGCACUUUUCACAUCCUCCCUCAGCCGGGUAGGAGCCUCUGGACUGCUGUUUCGUGCCGAAGGUGCACCGUUAAUAUUUCUGAGUGCCUGAGGUGUUUUGUCUGCUCCGAUGUCUCUAUGUACCCUGCGGGUUGUGUCACCGUUACCCGGCUGAUGUCUCUCAGGCUGAGUCUAAUCCGCACUCCUUGUUGUUAUCCGGGCAAACUAAAGCAUGGAUUAGCUUUUAGAUGGUCUCUCCUUGCCCAAAUGAUUCUUUUUUCACAUUGUAGUAUGCUAUAAUGCUCAUGUAUAUAUCCUGACUGCACGGAGCUCUUCACCUAAGCCUCCAUCUUAGAGCUCGGUCAGGCCACGCCCCCUACAUUACUUACUUUAAAGGGACAGUAUACACCAAUUUUCAUAUAACUGCAUGUAAUAGACAAUACUAUAAAGAAUAUUAUGCACAGAUACUGAUAUAAAAAUCAAGUUUUUAAAACCUUUUAAAGGCUCCCAAUUUAGCACCGUUGAAAAGGUUAAGGCAGAGACACCAACUGAAAUGGGCUGGACCACCCACUACAUAUGAAAAUACUUUUUAUAUAAACAGGAGCAAGCUGGAAUAGGUAGACAAAAGUCUACUUCUAAAACUUUGGGGCUUGAUUAGGAGUCUUAAAAACAAUGUUAUUUAAAAAUAAGCAAAACUAUAAUAUUUUUUUACAAAAAAAAAACCCUAUAUGUGCUAUAUAAAUGGAUCAUCUACAAAACAUUUAUGCAAAGAAAAAUCUAGUGUAUAAUGUCCCUUUAACUAAAGAGGAAAAGGACUUAUUUCAGAUAAUUUAAAAUUCCACAGUAAGGUCAGUUGAAUACUUGGUUGCACUGGGAGAGGUUUUAGCAGCAGAAAUGAAAUAGCAUGGUUCUUAUGCCACUUUACACCUCACUAGUUAGGCUUGAUCUGGAAUAUUGUGUACAGUUCUGGAGACCAUAUCUCUAGAAGGGUAUAAAUAAGUUAGAAACUGUCCAAAUAAGGGCUAAUGAAAUGUUCAAUGGUCUAAAAUAUAAAAAGACUCUGUGAUCAAAUAGGUUUAGUUUAGAGGAGAGAAUGUAAAGAGGUAACAUGCUAGAAACCGUUAACUAUAUGAAGGGACUUAAAGGGACAGUACACUGUAAAAUUGUUAUUCCUUAAUGUGUUUCCAAUUACUUUUUGUGAAUAUUUAAUAGCUGUUUUUGUGUUUUAAAGCCGCAACCUAAUAACAUGGGUUGAGCUUGUAGGUAUAAUCAUUCUCAUUACUUUAUCACAUUGUGUACAUAUACAUGCAUCCUUAUGUUAUAUCUGUCUGUAAUCCGAAAACCGAUACUUCAAGAGAACAAUGGAAAAUUAACAUUUUAUUACCUUAUCUCUUCUAUACCCCACUGGGAGUUUUAUUUCUUCUGCUGGCUGUGUUUACACAGCUUAGCUAUAGCUUGGACCUAAGACCAGAAACUUUCAGAGUAGGUGGAAUACCACAGACUAAAUCAACUAUUUAAAAUGCCAAUAUAAGGGUCAAGGAAAUAGUUGUAAACAAUUGAAUACACUCCAGCAGGUGGAUCAUUGGUAACAAAUUAAAGGGGAGAACAUUUUUGAGUAAACUGUCCCUUUAAGUUCAAUCUUAGAGGGUGGCAGAUUCAGAAGACAUGUGAGGACACUUAUUUUAUUUAAAGAAAGGGUGGUUGAUUCAUGGAAUAAAUUUACAAUACAGGUGGCAAACACAGGGACUGUAAACUAAUUAAAAAAAUGCCUGGGACAUGCAUAAGACUAUCCUAAGAAAAGAGUAACGGGUAGACUUGAUGGUCCUUUUGGUUAUUAUCUACUGUAAAAAUCAGGUAAUUGUAUUGUCUUCGUCUGGAAAUUGUAGUUUUUCCUAGUAUAGAAUCUUUGGUAAUGUCCCUGUGAAAUCCCUGCUAGCCUGUCCGUUUGCCUCCAUUCUUUCAGUCGAUAUAGACACUUUGAUAUAUAAUAACAUUCAACUGUUAUAAGUGUUUUACUAUUGAAAAUAAGGGAAGAUAUGUAUUGAAUGGUAAAAACUAACAGCUCGGCUACAACAUCAGACAGAGGUAAUGGCUACCAUGUCUUCAAAGCAAGCUUCCUCUAAUGGUUUAAAGAAAAAAAGGCUUACAGGACCAUAGGUAAGUCCCAUGGAGAAACUACUUGCAUAAGCGACUUAUUGAAUAAAACUGGUGUAUGAUGGCUUUCAAA